AUGUUCGCAUUCACCGUCUUGCCCGUCGCCCUCGCCGCCAGUGCCCUCGCCAUGCCCGCCGUACUGAACGCCCGCCAGGACCCCUGCACCGCCCUCGGCGUAGGCGCGACCAGCUCGCUCGACUACAACUUCAAAUUGACGGUCAUCAACCCGUCGGUCACGAACGACCCUACGUACACCGGCGCGCCGCUCGCGCUCGUCAGCGGCGACUCGAACGGCCUCUGGUGGUUGAAGACCGCGUCGGGCGACUUCUCCGGCUGGACGCUCGAGAAGGGCGCGCUCAUCCCGACGCCGAGCUCGCCGGACACGGGGCUCGUCGGGAGCGACAUGCCCGUCUCGGCGGGGUCGAUCGUCGAGUUCGCGGUGACGAACAACGGCUCGGCGAAUGCGGGCGCGGGCCAGACGCCCUACUGCGCUGUGUCUGACGCGGGUGGGAACGCGACGCUCACGGUGAACGGCGACGGGAACUCGUUCUCGGUGUGCCAGACCCCGAGCCUGGCGUGGGUCUUGGUGUACAGCGCGUCGAGCGACAACGGUGGCGCGUACACGUACGACAGCUGCACGAAGCAGCCUGUGCACCUUGUCCAGGCAUGA